AUGGUCGGCAUGCCGUCGUUUCCAAUGGGCCGGGUGCCCGAUUACUACGGUCAGGACGCGGCAGAGUUCGUGCCGGAGCGCUGGCUCAAGGGCGCCGGCGGCAAUGAGGGCAAGCAGGCGGCCGAGGGCGGGGGCCUGGCGGAUGUGUUUGCUUUUGGCAUCGGCCCGCGCGACUGCAUCGGCCGCGCCCUGGCGAUGCUGGAGCUCCAGGUCGUGCUGGCCACGCUGGUGGGGUGCUUCGCUUUCGCGCUGCCGCCGGGCGUGAAGGGCGAGGGCGUGGCGGCCCUGGAGGCGAUGGUGUGCUACCACAUCACACUGCACCCUAGGGACGGCCUGAAGCUGUGCGCGACGCCGAGGGCCCCACUGACGGCCUGA